AUGGCAGUGAUGGAGGACGAACUACAACGACUCUGGCAACUCCUAGCCGAACUAUCCUCACAACUCACCCAGAACAGAGAACAGACCGAACAACUCAAGAAACAGGCCCAAGAACUCAAGACUCAAGCCAUCCACACCGGAACUGGCUAUCCACUCAAACGAUUCAACGUCGACCUCAGCAAGGAACAAUUCGAAUCUGAACUCGAACGCAUGAACGCUCAACUCGUCAUCGAAAAUCAAACACUCCAACACGAGAAUCGCCAUCUGACCAUCCUACUCAAAGAUCACGAAACUACCCUAGAACAGAUCAUGAACCGAUUCAGGAAUCAUGCACAUUCAACACAACAACACGAACUAGAACUCACCAAAUACUACGAAUCCAUCCUACUCUCCCUACUCGAGAAACAACAACAACAACAGCAGCAGAGAUACCCAAACGAUGGCCAUCCAACCGAACUAGAUCCCAACACCUUCCAACUCAUCCAAAACCUAUCGAUCCUCAUCCAAAAGGCCAUCCGAGAACUCUCGGGAGAAGAGCCCUACCUCAGCGAGGCCGACGAGCUCGAAUCCCAGCAAGCCCUCAUCCAAGCCGAGCUAUCCCACCAGCAAUCCCAGACACCCACCUCCACCGAGCCACCGCCGAGCCCGUUUGCCUUCCAAGAUCCAUUCAAGAAUCCAUCCCCUCCACCCAGCCACCAAUCAUCAACACAUCAACCCAAGAUCAUCGACCAAGAACAGAGACGCAAGUCGAUGUCCGUCAUCGACUAUCGUCCCCGGCUCAGAGACCCCUCCAGCGGAGGCUAUGUCGGCAAACGCAACGGCUCGCUCUCCGAUCACGCCCUCCUCAGCGCCAUCGAAUCCGAGCGGCUCCGGCGCGAGAAUGCCUGUCUCCGGGAGAUGCUCGGGAUCGCCACCGACGACUGUGGGCCCAUCCAGCCUUCCGCAGUCCAUCAACAUCCUCCAACCCACCACCACCACCACCACCAUCAAGAACAUUCUCUCACCGGCAAUCUCCAUACCGUCGUCUCCCAGGUCAUCAAGGAAGAGGACGAGGAUCCUCUCCAUGAUCUCAACCAUCCCCCUCCCCCGCCUCCCAUCAACCUCGACCUUCAUCAAAUCCUUCCCCCUCCUCCUCCCCCUCCUCCACAACAAGAACAAGAAGAAUCUGAGCAACAAGUCCCGAAAGACCAGAUCGGGUCCUCUGAUCAACAAGCUGGCUCCUCCUCCUCGGACGAUAAUGUUGAUGCUCUUCAGAAUCACGACUCUCAUCAGCUACCCGCUUGA